UUCAUUUUCUUUCCUCCAACGACGAUUCUUUUUUUUUUUUCUUUUUCUUUUCUUUUCUUUUUUUUCUAUAUAAUUUUCUCAAGUUUUUGGUACUCAUGGAAGGCCACAAUCCUCAUCCCCUUGUUCAUCUCCACCUUCAGCAGCAACAACAGCAACAACAGCAACAACUUCAACAUCCUCCGCCGCCACCGCCGCCGCAGCAGCAGCAUCUCCACCAAAACCUCGCCGAUCAAACCGCCGUCAACGCCGUCACCGACAGAUUUCCUCAAUGGAGUAUUCAAGAAACAAAGGAGUUUUUAAUGAUCCGAGCCGAGCUGGAUCAGCGGUUCAUGGAGACCAAACGCAACAAACUCUUGUGGGAAAUCACCGCCGCCAAAAUGAAAGAAAAGGGUUUCAAUCGCAGCGCUGAACAGUGUAAAUGUAAAUGGAAAAACCUCGUCACCCGUUACAAGGGUUGUGAAACAAUGGAGCCAGAAAUUUCAAGGCAGCAAUUUCCAUUCUACACAGAGCUACAAGCAAUUUUCGGGGCAAGAAUGCAUCGAAUAUUAUGGGCGGAAGCGGAGAGCGGAGGGAGUGGAUCAAAGAAGAAGACGACAGUGUUAUCGUCCGAUGAAGAUGACGAGAACGAGGACAGCGAUGGGGACGGAGGCGACACGAAAGCGAGCGGUAGGAAGAGUAAGAAGAAGGGUAAAGGCAACGGCGGAGGAAGCAGUAGUAUCAAUCAUUUAAAGGAAAUUUUAGAAGAUUUCAUAAACCAACAAAUUCAAAUGGAGAUUCAAUGGAAGGAGGCGUUUGAAGCAAGGGAAAAAGAGAGACAAAUUAGGGAAAUGGAGUGGAGAAGGAAAAUGGAAGCUUUAGAACAUGAGAGGAUAAUGUUGGAAAGAAGAUGGAGAGAAAGGGAAGAACAAAGAAGAAUGAGAGAUGAAGUUAGGGCUGAGAAAAGAGAUGGUUUAAUCACAGCUUUGUUAAACAAGCUUGGAAGAGAUGAUCAUAUAUAAUAUUCGUUUUUGUAUAUUUUUGCAUCAAUAUCAAUCUCUUCGUUCAUCA